AGGAAGGGGGACGACAAGGAAGCACGUUUGCAUUCGCACACGCGCUCGCUCACUCACUCACUCGGUCGGGCAGACAAAGAGGAGCAGCAUCCUGCAGGAGGACCGCACGCUCCCGGGGGAUGGGGCAUCAUACCCCUGCUUCGCGCUGGGGGGGCCGCAGGAGGCACAGGAGAGCCAUUCAGAAGAGUCGGGGGUCAAAGGUGAGACGAGCAGAGGGCACCAUGGAGAGCGAGCCCGGGGCCCACGCCGCCGCGGCCAACAGCGCCGCCGCGGCCUCCUCCAGCAGCACCACCGCCGCCGCUGCCAGCAGUAGCGGUACCUCCAGCAACGCUGCUGCUACUUCUACCACUUCCAGUGGUAGUAGCAUUAGCAACAGUAGCACCAGCAGUAGUACCACAGCAGGAAGACCGGCCGCGCCUCAGAUAUCCGUUUACAGCGGGAUGGCCGAUCGACAAACCGUGCAGGUGUUCCAGCAGGCGCUGCACAGGCCGAACACGGCGGCGCAGUACCUGCAGCAGAUGUACGCGGCUCAGCAGCAGCACCUGAUGUUGCAAACUCUCCAGCAGCAGCACAACCUCAGCGCGGCUCAGCUCCAGAGCCUGGCCACCGUGCAGCAGGCCAGUAUUGCGGCGGGCCGACAAAGCUCUUCACAGAACGGCACUUCCUCCCAGCAAACGGCAUCCACUCAGGCGACGAUCAACCUGACGACCUCCCCGGCUGCCGCUCAGCUGAUCAGCCGGGCCCAGAGCAUCAGCUCGACCCCCACCAGUAUUUCCCAGCAGGCCGUGCUGCUGGGCAGCCCAUCCAGCCCCACGUUCACCGCCAGCCAGGCGCAGAUGUACCUGCGCGCACAGAUGGCGCAGCAGAACAACCUGGUGCAGGUGGCCAGGAGUCUGGGCCGCGCUGUUCCUCUGUCCCAGCAGCUCAUCUUCACUCCAACAGCCACGGUGACGGCCGUUCAGUCCGAGAGCUCCACGCAGACCUCCUCACAGAAUCAGGUCCAGAACCUGGUGAUGCGCGGGCAGCAGGGGGCGACCUCGUCCUCCUCUCAGACUCAGACCCUGCAGGCUCUCAGUCUGAAGCAGAGCCCCGUCUCCAUCCAGCCCGCCUCGCUGAUCAAGAACCCCGGGCAAGCGCCGCCGCAGGCCUCCGCGGGAGGAAAGGCCGCCCCCUCCGACGGCUCGUUUGAAGCGGGCAGGAAGGGCGACGGCGCGGCGGUCACAGAAGCCCGAGCCAUAAACAUGAGCCGCAGCGUCACCGGCGCUCAGCCCCUCAUCGCUCCAGCAUACACGCACAUCCAGCCACACUCCCUGGUGCAGCAGCACAAGCAGCAGCAGCAGCAGCAGUUUGUGGUCCAUCAGAGUCCAGCCUCCCAGAGGGCCGCGGGCCAGCUGCUGCAGACCGCCUCCAUUCAACCAUCGCAGCACCCGGUGCCCGUCCUGCCCAAACCGGCUCCCCACCAGCCCGCCACGCCCAGCCAGCAGGCCACCAUCUUCCACUCCACCAUCAGCCCCCACGCCCUCCACUCCUCCCUCAACCACGCCAAGGCCCAGCCCGUCCAGCUCACCGCCAUCAACCUUCAGAUCCAUCCGACGCCCUCCCGACAGGCUCAGGACUGCAAAGAUAAGCCGACCUCGCUGGUGGUCCGGGAGACGUGUCCGGCCCCAGCGCCACCGCAGCCCCCGCCGCAACAGCAGCCCCCGCCGCAGCAGCAACCUGCGCCAUCGCCAUCGCAGCCCGCCAAACCGGCCGAGCAGCCCAAGGCCCCCCCGGCUGCACCAGCCGUUCGGCCACAAGCUGUAGGGGUCUCGACCAAGAGGCCGAGCGCCUCACCAGGGACGCCCCCCCGGGCCAUGACCUCGGGGAACGACAGCGAGGCGCCCGCCGUGACGGGCAGCGCGCCGCAGAACGGGGAGACCAAGCCGCCGCAGGCCAUCGUCAAGCCCCAGGUCCUCACGCACGUCAUCGAGGGCUUCGUCAUCCAGGAGGGGGCCGAGCCGUUCCCAGUGUGUGUGGAGCGUCUGCCCAUUCUCAUCGACAGCCCGAAGAAGCCGGACCACCAGCUGUCCUCGGACCCCGAAAGGACCCCCGCCAGCCACGCAGCCAACAGCGACUCCGAGCCCGAGGACAUGAACCCGCCAGAAAAAGAGCAAGAGCCCAAACUGACGUGUGAAUACUGCGGAUGGGUCGACUUCGCCUUCACGUUCAAGGGCUCUAAAAGAUUCUGCUCCAUGGUUUGUGCCAAGAGGUACAACGUCGGCUGCACGAAGCGCAUCGGCCUCUUCCGCCCGGAAAGGAGCAAAUCCACGAAUCGCUGGCGGCGAAGAUCUCCGGGUCGCUCCAGCGUGGUGGCGAAGAAGCAGAAGCUGCCCCCCUCCCCGCGGCAGGCUCAGGGCGGCUCCGUGUCCUCCCCGCAUCCCUCGCAGCCCAGCCAGGAGGAGUCCAGCCCGUGUUCGGACAUGUCGAGCUACGAGGAGCCGCCGUCGCCCAUGUCGGCGGCCAGCUCGGGGCCCCCGCCCCCCGCCCCGGCGGCGUCGGCUCAGGUCCCCGCCCACCGCCACCCGAGCAGGGCCUCGGACCAGGACGUCCGAGACGCACCUUCGCCCUGUCGGCGUUUCUUACCCAACGACCCCACCAGGUGGAACGUGGAGGAGGUCUCAGAGUUCAUCCGCUCGCUGCCAGGUUGUCAGGAGAUAGCGGACGAGUUCCGCUCUCAGGAGAUCGACGGACAGGCCCUGCUCCUGUUGAAGGAGGACCACCUGAUGAGCACCAUGAACAUUAAACUGGGACCGGCCCUCAAGAUCUUCGCACGCAUCAACCUGCUCAAGGACUCUUAGCAGUAACGAGCGCAUGUCACACAGAGAGAGAGAGAGAGAGAGAGAGAGAGAGAGAGCUUAGAAUAUUCCUCAUGAUCAUAUUGCGACUGUGGGGGUCACGGACUGACUGCACAACGACCUUCGCCUCCUCCCCACCGCUGGACUGGGUCCCUUCAACAAUGCGAGGGGUGUCGGCUUUGACUUUCGCUGCACUGAUGGCCGUUAUUAAUGAUAAUAUUAUUACUAUUAUUGUUAGUUGGUCUGUGUUUACAUGCACUCACAGGGAGUAAAAUUAGAAGCCACAGCGGAGCUUGUGCUGAUACUAACAUGCAACGCUGCAUCUUUAUGCCUGAUCUGGAUAAAGCACAAGGCACGGUAGCGCUAGAUAUAAAUGCAUUAGGGCUGUUAAUAAUGGGCCUCAAAUGACCUGUAUUCGCUUUUUAAGAAACGCAUAUAGGACCGCCAUAUGAAACUGUUUCGUAUCCAAACUGGUUGCAAGUUUUGAGCUGAUAUUUUAGUCAGUCGCGUGUGUUCUAUUUAUAUACUUAACCUACAUUUUCACCUUAAAGUGCACGCAGAACACACGGCAGUCAGACUGCUGUUGGAUCCGUCCGAGCUGAUGUGGACGUGGCUCACGUGGCGUCGUGAUCAGAUCACAGCCUCCCAUAAUGCAGCGGGGCAUCUCUUCACCCGAGACGUGGGUACUUAUCUCGCAUUGUAAGAUCUCAUCAUAAUCAGGGCACCACUUUGAUAACAAUGGCGCUUAUUCAUACCAGGUGUGGACGCUGAGGACGUUUGGUGCAGAUUAGUUUCUUAAUAACUGGUGUAAAUGAGAUUCUUGGAUUCGGGGAAAAGAAAUGAAACUAACUGCCAAACUGCCACAACGUUGUUACUGAGAGUGUGAAUUAGUUUUUCUACUAUUAGAGAUGUUAUUCUGUGCUUUUUUGUCCGUGUGAAUGAAAGCGAGCUGCUUCUCUCUUUGUUGCUGGGGGGCCGGGAGCAGAGAACCAACCCCUUUCAUUCUGCUUUACUCGGUAGGUGCGGCUUUGUCUUUUUCUCACAAUGACACUCGAAUGAAACCGUUUUUGGCAUCGAUUUCCUUUUUCGCGAGGAACUGUCCGAUUUCCCCCCCUCCGCCCCCCCCCGUGGAUUUAAAAUGGGCUUAAAAAUGAUUUUUGCUCCGCUUUUUCAAAACGCGACAUUGAUCUCCCGGACUCUGUCUCAUAGGAAGAGUCCGUUAUCUGAGCAACAAUCGGGGUGCUCUGCUCUCUUUUCACACAGCCGGACCUUUGGCACUUAUUUUCAUUUUAAUUUGCUUUAUUGGUAUGAGACACUCCGCCUGAAGUGAGAGCAGAAUGUGUGCAGCAGUGCAAACACGUUUGUGUACAAAGCAGCUCUUUGCGUUCUUUAAGUUAUGCUCUUUAUUUUUAAACAGAAAUUUAAUGGUGUUCCAAUUUUUGAAAUAUGCAAAUGUAUAAAUAUCAAUAUGGAGUUUUUAAUGUUUUUUUUUGUUCUUCGAAUUAAAUGUUUUAAUCUAUUUGUAUUUUGUGGCUGUGACAAAACGUCAUUUUUGUUUCAUAUUGCUUUGUCAAAUGCUUGUAUUUAUCGAAACAGUUUGUUACACAACAUUUUGCAAUUAAAAAUA